AUGACUUCAGAUGUUUUAAAUCAAAAACGCAAAGGGUCAUCCUUAUCUUAUGACCCAGAUUCUGGAUAUAUUUAUAUCUUUGGAGGACAGUCUGUUUCUAAUUCAUCCGAAUGGUUCAAUGAGAUGAUAAUUUUUGAUUCUAUUAAUUUCUCCUGGUCAAAUAUGACAUCUUAUUUCGCUCCUUCAAAAAGAUCAGGUCAUACCGCUACUUUAUUGAAAACUGGAAUAAUAGUAUUUAUUGGCGGUUGGGAACUGAGUGGUAAUUCUAGUAUUCCGACGCUGGCGAACAUGAGUCAGAUUUGGGCAUACCAUACGAGAUCUGCAGAAUGGUCACUUAAUAAUGCUGAAUUUAUUAAUAAUACUAAUAUUGGCCCUCGAAUUUACCAUUCAGCAGUAUUAGCGCCUGAUAGAAAAAUUAUUAUUUAUGGCGGUUCCAAUGGUAUAAACAAUAGUAAAGUUUCACCAGACCUUGCGGUUCUUAAUGUUUCAUCGACUCUGUUUCAAUGGUCAACACCAAAUACCGAAUCGUUAUCAAGUACCGCCACUCGGUCUCUUGUGGGUCAUACUGCGAUGAUUAUAGAUUCUUAUAUGAUUUUGUUAUUUGGUAAACAUUACUUUAUACAUAUGGAUGGACCUAUUCCAAACAAUCAAGUGUUAACAAUAGGAUUUAUUUACUUAAUACAAGUUCCUAUAAUUGGGUGGAUUCGUAUCAAUCAAGCAAAUGCAUCAAACGAUUCAACCUCUAUCAGCUUAUUGAUACUUUGUAUGGUUAUUGGAGCUGCCGUUCUAGCUUUCAUUAUAGGAUUUUCUAUAAUUUGGUGUUAUCAAAAAUAUAGAAUUAAACAUAUUUUAUUAACUCAAAAAGGCACAGCUCGUCAAGCUUUGCGUUAUUCUGAUGAUGACAACUCAACUAAAUCUGAAGAACAGCACCAUUAUUUUGAUUUAUAUUUUCGAAAUUUUUCAGAAACACCUGUGAGUACAAUUUAUGAUUAUCAACAACAGGUGUUUCAACAACAACAACAACCAUAUCAUUUUAUGAUACCAGUAGAUGGUGCUUCAUAUCAUCAAUACCAGGGAAAUGAAGGUAACGUGCCUGUAAUUAGUUACGUGAAACACGACGUUCAACCACAAUAUGUUGAAUAUGAUACGACACAUAACAGUUAUCGUUAUCCAAAUACUAAUCCUAAUUAG